AUGGUCUCAGUCCCACCAGAAGCCCUCUUGGAAGCACACCCAAGCGCUGUUGUCAAACAAGUUGGAAGGGUAGAUGUGAGCAAGCAUGAUUGUGUGGGAAGUGGGUCAUUUGUGGAGGUUGGCAAGAGCCCCAUGGGGGAGUUGGUGGUUGGGCAUGUGGAUUCUUUGUGGGAGGUCUCAGCAAAUGGAAGCACCCCGGGGUUCUUUGCCUCAAUGAAUUUUAUCCUUGGAUGCAUAAAUGUUCAACAUAAUUGCCACAGAGGCGAAUGCCCCAUUGAGCUGACCAAGGAGGAGGACAUGGAGCGGCAGCGUACAGGGCGCAAGGGAUGGCAGGUUGAGCAAUCAGACCAAGAACACUACAUCAUCAACAGUGGAGCCCUCAGGAAUGCCGUGCUCCAUCAAAGAAUAUCAGGACUGCCUAUGGAUCUCCCAGACAGACACAAAUGGACUGAAGCGAUCGAUCUUGGGCUUGGCAUCUGGAAUAUAGGUUUGGAUCCUAUUCAGUCUGAUGACAAGCACUUUGAUGAAUAUCAGCCAGGGAGUGAAGAUGACGCCGAGGGGGAGACGGAUUCGGAGUUCGCCAGAUCAUCAAAUAGUUCUGGGUCUGAUAAUGAUGAGGAUGUGGAUGGCGAGGAGGACGCCGAUGGCGAGACAGAUUCCGAGUAUGAUGGAGAAGCUGAUGAUGAGGUGUAG